GAAAAUUAGCUGGAUCACUUGGAAACCGGGGUUGAUUUCGAUCGCAGCCGGAAUGGCAAGUGGGCAGCGGUAUCCGGACAAGGUCGUCAUAGUAACGGGAGGGACCAGCGGCAUUGGCGAAGGCAUCGUGAGAGAAUUUGUUCAUCAUGGAGCCAAAGUGGUCUUCUGUGCACCAGCAUCAGAAGGUGAGGCAUAGCAGCUCUUUCACUAUCCUCGCUUUAUACUGGAUGAUUUAUGAUCCUGCUCCCAUCCAAGUUAAUCAGAGUGACAGACUAAAAGGAAAUACAGAGGGAAAAGGAAAAGUUCUUGAGAGGGAACUUGCAGAAGGUGGAUCAGGAGAAGGCCGCUUUGUGGUCUGUGAUGUCCUCUGUGAAGCAGACAUGCAGAGGUUGGUUUCGGUGACCAUAGAACAGUAUGGACAACUAGAUUGCCUGGUGAACAAUGCUGGAGGGCAUCCCCCCAAUCAAAGAAUCGAUGAUGUGUCUGCACAAGAAUUCCGCAAUCUCAUGGACCUCAAUGUUGUCAGCUGUUUCUUAAUGGCCAAGUUUGCACUGCCCUAUCUCCGGAAAACAAAAGGAAACAUCAUUAACAUUGCGAGCAUCGUUGGCCAUUUUGGACAAAGGUUAGCUGUACCAUAUGUGGCAACCAAGGGUGCUGUGAUUGCGAUGACUAAAGCUAUGGCUAUAGAUGAAAGCCAAUAUGGCGUUAGAGUCAACAGCAUCUCACCCAGCAAUAUUUGGACUCCUGGAUGGGAAAAGCUUGCGAGCCAGGCAGCCAAUGCAGAGGCAAUGAUCAAGGAAGGCAAAGAGGCUCAGCUUAUGGGACGGAUGGGAACUCCGGCUGAGUGUGCAAAAGCUGCUCUCUACCUCGCUUCUGAUGCUACGUUUUGCACCGGGAUCAACCUUUUCCUCAGUGGUGGAGCUGAACUUGGCUAUGGGAGGAAGAGCCACCAAAACCCCAGUUCUGGUUUUGACAGCUAGCAAGAGUCUUCUGAGAUGGGACAUUUUUGGCAAAUUUCAAAGUCAAGUUGGGAGAUCUGCUAGAGCUCCAAUCUCAGCUGGCUUUGUGAAAUUGAAGUGGAACAGUUCCACUGCCGCAUUGAUUUGUGGUAGUAAAAAAUACUGUAAUCGUAAAUGCUCUGGGACCUUUUGAGGUUUUAAUAAAUUCUAACCUAUCACAAAAAUGAA